AUUUUAUUUCUAGGAACCCCUUUCUUCCGUCCAUAUCAGUCGGUCAAGCGAAGGAACAGACAAAACGAGAAGGCGAGCCUCUCGACCCCUGUGCCGUGUGCCGCCCUCUGGAUCUUGCCCGCCGCCGCUUGUUGCCAUGUGUGGUGGCCGCCGGCGCCGUCGCGGCGGUGGCUCCGACGCGGGGGCGGGCGGGCGGGGGUUCUGCGGGCCCGCGCUCGCCGUCGUGGCCCUGGCGGCCGCCGCGGUCGUGGCGUUCCUGGAGGGCACCGCCGGCGGCAUCUCCUACGCGGGCGACGGGUGGCUCCACGAGUGCGCCAAGUGGGACGCCGAGGGCGGGCGGUUCCUGGUGUCCACCUUCUUCGGCGCCGGCGUCGCCGAGGUGCGCGUCGGGGCCGGGAAGGAGGAGGACGCUCUGGCCGAGCGGGUAUUCGUGGCGGACCCCGAGGUGUCCGGGAGGGUGGCGCUGGGGCUCGCCGUGGACGCCACGAGGCGGCGCGUCCUCGUGGCCUACGCCGACCGCCCGCCGCGGUUCGGGUACGCGGCCGUGGGCGCGUACGAGCUCGGCUCGGGCCGCCGCCUCUUCCUCGUCCGCCUCGACGGGCCAGGCGAGUCCUCGUUCGCCGACGACGUGGCCGUCGACGAGGACGGCAACGCGUACGUGACGGACAUCAUGGGCAGCAAGAUCUGGAAGGUGAGCCCAGACGGUGAGCCACUGUCGAUCAUCAAGAACGGCACCUUCACCCAGCGGGCCGGCACGGCGAACAACCUGAUCGGCCUGAACGGCAUCGUCUACCACCCCAACGGCUACCUCCUCGUCGUCCACACCAGCGGCGGCGACCUCUUCAAGGUGGACCCGAGGACAGGCGGCGUGGGCGUGGUCAAGGUGCGUGGCUCGCUCAAGAGGGGCGACGGGCUGGAGCUGCUCUCCCCGACGAGGCUGGCCGUCGCGGGAAUGCCGAGCCGGCUGGUCGAGAGCUCCGACGACUGGGAGACCGCCAGCGUCACGGGCCGGUACGUCGGGCCGGCGCACCGGGUCGGGUCGUCGGCGACGGUGAAGGACGGGGACGUGUACGUCAACCACAUCUUCGGGUUCGGCCUUGGCAGCAAGAAGACGCACGUCCUUGCCAAGGCGGUGUUCGCGCCUUUGUAGCGCUUGAGGCCCGUGCGGCGAUGAGUCGACGAUCGAUGCCUUGUUGACGACUCUCUCUUUUUUUUCCGUCGUUUAAAGAGAUUGUCUACUACUGCCUGAGUUUUCUUUGAUCUGCCACUUCUAAAUCAUAUGAAGAACAAUUAUUUUGUAAGUCGAUCUGGAAAAUAUGCUGAAUUAUGCUAGAUAUAGCAAAGACGAGGCAGAGGCCGGAAAAUAACGGUGUGUUGUGGUCAAUUUUCUGAAAUGAAUUACAAGUGUACAUGUUUCAUUGAUAAA